UAACGGGAAGCUAACGGGAAGCUAACGGGGGGCUAACGGGAAGCUAACGGGGGGCUAACGGGGAGCUAGCGGAGAGCUAGCGGAGAGCUAACGGGAAUAACGGGGCUAACGGGACAGGCCAGCGGCUCAUGGUUGCCUCGCUCACCGGGGACCCCUGCGGACCUCAGCCCGGUUCUGGAGGACAGAGCCGUCGGAACACCGGCCUCCCGGUCUGGACCCCCCCUUCCCCGGUUCGAUUGGAGAACCGGGAGCCGACAUGUUGAUAGCAGUCAGCGCCGGAACCGUAAACUCAGCCGGCGGCGGCAAGAAGAACCGCCGGAGGGGCAAGAAGCACCGGAGAGGACGGCCGGACGAGAGCCGACCCAGUGACCUCUGUGACCCCUCAAUGACCCCGACCCCCCCGGGUCACCCAGAAACCGCCCAGCUGCCUCCCCAGGGUCACUCCGAACCACCACACACACCAGCACCUCCAGAGGGGCCUCCUGAGACCAGGACCCCGCAGAGAACCCAGGCUGAGACCCCCCCCCCCCCCCAGACCCCCACCCACUGCCCCCCACCCCUGCAGAGUGUGCCCGCCACCCCUGGUCUAGUAAAGACCGGGGACCCCCACCCAGGCGGUCCUGAAGACCCCCUGCUGUUCUCCCAGAGCCCCGCCCACAGUGUCAGCCAAUCACCACCUCCGCUUUUCCAGACCAUUACCCAGAAUUCCUCCAGGUCGCCUCACAGAACACCGGACGACCAAUCGCAGCUCUGCAAAUCCCCUCUGGUGUCCGGCGGAGCUCCGCCCACCCCCCCGCUGAGCCCCUCCCACCCGGACCCCUUCCUGCUGACCUCCGUCACCUUCACCUCCAGCGCCGCCUCCCGCCUGCCCCCCCCGCCCGGCCCCUCCCCCGCCUCCUUCCUGAGCUCCCUGGACUCUCUGGCCCCGCCCUUCGGACUGCGGCCCGUCGCGUCCCCGUCCGGCCGCCAUCGGGCCACGCCCCCUCCGCCCCUGAGCCCGCCCCCCGCCCAGCUGCUGGGCUCCGACGACGAGGAGCAGGAGGACCCCCACGACUACUGCACAGGCGGGUACUACCCAGUGAAGAUCGGAGACCUGUUCAACGGGAGGUACCACGUGGUCCGGAAGCUGGGAUGGGGGCACUUCUCCACCGUCUGGCUCUGCUGGGACCUCCAGAAGAAGCGCUUCGUGGCUCUGAAGGUGGUGAAGAGCGCUCCUCACUACACCGAGACGGCUCUGGACGAGAUCAAGCUGCUGCGCUGUGUGAGGGACAGUGACCCUUCUGAUCCGUACAGAGAGACCGUCGUCCAGCUCAUCGACGACUUCAAGAUCUCUGGAGUCAACGGAGUCCAUGUCUGCAUGGUCCUGGAGGUUCUGGGCCAUCAGCUCUUGAAGUGGAUCAUCAAGUCCAACUACAUGGGGCUGCCCCUGGUCAGCGUCAAGACCAUCAUCAGACAGGUUCUGCAGGGACUGGACUACCUCCACACCAAGUGUAAGAUCAUCCACACGGACAUCAAACCGGAGAACAUCUUGUUGGACGUGGACGAGGUCUACGUCAGGAGACUGGCGGCCGAGGCCACCAUCUGGCAGCGGGCCGGAGCCCCGCCCCCUUCCGGGUCUUCAGUUAGCACAGCUCCCAGAGAUGUCCAGGAUGGAAAACUCUCUAAAAACAAAAAGAAGAAGAUAAAACGAAAAGCGAAGCGUCAGCAGAGACUGCUGGAGGAGAGACUGGUGGACAUCCAGAGGAUGGAGCAGGAGGACGGUCUGCAGCAGCCUGAAGACACUGAGACCAGCUUCUCUCUGGUUGUCAACGGCAACCCUCCCGGCACCUCGGCCAAUAGCAAAGCGAGCCCGGAGUCCAGCUGCUCCUGGUUGGAGGAGCGCUGCAAUGGCCACGCCCCCGGACGCUUCUCCAGCCCCGCCUCCGGCCUGUCGGGCUUCUCCAGCUCCGUCCUGUCCGCCACGUCCGAGUCCACCCAGUCCGGGUUCUCCAGUGGACGGGACGUGACCAGUGCCUCGGACUUCCUGCUCAGCCCUCUGGACCCUCAGAACGCCGAGCGGCUUCGGGUGAAGAUCGCCGAUCUGGGAAACGCCUGCUGGGUGCACAAACACUUCACCGAGGACAUCCAGACCCGGCAGUACCGGGCGCUGGAGGUCCUGAUCGGGGCCGAGUACGGACCGCCGGCCGACAUCUGGAGCACCGCCUGCAUGGCGUUUGAGUUGGCGACGGGGGAUUAUCUGUUUGAGCCGCAUUCAGGAGAAGAUUACACCAGAGAUGAAGACCACAUCGCUCACAUCAUGGAGCUGCUGGGUCCGAUUCCUUUGCCCUUCGCUCUGUCUGGCAGGUACUCCAGAGAGUACUUCAACAGGAGAGGCGAGCUGCGGCACAUCUCCAGCCUGAAGCCCUGGGGUCUGUUCGAGGUGCUGCUGGAGAAGUACGAGUGGCCGCUGGACCAGGCGGCCCAGUUCAGCGACUUCCUGCUGACCAUGCUGGAGCUGCAGCCGGACCGCCGGGCCACGGCGGCGCAGUGUCUGCAGCACGCAUGGCUGCACACGUAGACACACACACACACACACACACACACACACACACACACUGGCCCCUUUCCCACCAAGCUGCUUCCAGGUCCAGGACUGAGCCCCGGCUCUGAACUCAAAACUGGUGCUAAUCAGGAACCACAGCGAAGCACCGAUACGCCUGGGGGCGGGGCCAUCGACUGGGGGCGGGGCCAUCAACACUGGAAAAGCAUCACCACCAUCGUUAAAGGAUUCAUUCAGUUUUUUAAUCGGCAGUGGACCGAGACGGAGACCAGGUCCUGACAGGGGGAGGAGCCUCUGGGACAGAGGACCUGUUAGAGGACACCCAGCAGCCCGGGUGCUGCUCAGUGGAUCACCUUCCCCUUCUGGAGAUGGGAAUCGGACCAGCAACCUCCCGGACAACCACUUUGCCGUCAGCCUCCUCCGACUGACGGACUCCUGCUGUCCCCGUUCUGAUGCUGGGACCGACCUGGACCUGGAACCAGAACCGACCUGGACCUGGAACCAGAACCGACCUGGAACCAGUGAUGUGAAGUGGAGAGCUGGUCCCAGGGUGGAGGAGAGCUGUUUGUGUGUGAUCAAGGUGAAACCGGGUUUGACCCCCGAUGCACACUGGAUGCGGUCCGGCUCCGGUCCGGCUCCGAUCUGGCUCCGG